AUGGAGGACGAGAUCGAGGAGGCGGCGGCGCGGUUGGAGAGUCUGCCUCUUAGGGGCAAAGGCAGGGGAGGUCGCGACCGGCGCGGCGGAAGGGGUGGAGGCGGUCGCCCCCAGGACCGCGAGGUGCUGAUCUCGAAGGCGUUGUCGUCGCUCCUGAGACAUCAGGCCGUGAACGCGGGGAUCCAGCUCGAUGCCGAGGGGUUUGCGCCGCUGGAUAGGGUGCUCCGUCGUCGCAAGAUGCAAUGGCCGCGCCUGCGCUCGCUCAACCCGACCUUCGACGAGAUCCGGGCGGUCGUCGCCGACAACGCGAAGCAGCGGUACGCCAUGAAGCCCAAGGACCCGGCCGUCGCAAACUUGAACGCGCAGCCCGAGGACGACCCGGCCGCGUGGCUCAUCCGCGCCAACCAGGGCCACAGCAUCGAGGCGCUCGCGGACGAGGGCCUGCACACGCCGAUCACGCUCGAGGCCGGCAACGUCCCGCGCACCGUCGUCCACGGCACGUACUUCGCCUUCUGGCCGGCCAUCGAGACGUCCGGCGGCCUGAAGAAGAUGGGUCGUAGACACGUGCAUUUCGGUACGGGGCUGCUGGACCAGGACCGGGAUGCGGCGCAAGGUGAAGACGAUGGGGUUGGGGACGGGGGUAAGGAGAAAGUGAUUAGCGGGAUGAGGAGCGAUGCCGAGUUACUGGUUUUCGUGGAUGUGGAGAAGAGUCUGAGGGAUGGCGGAAUCAAGUGGUGGAUUAGCGCUAAUGAUGUCGUGUUGACGGAUGGUGAUGAGCAGGGCGUGGUGCCGUUGAGGGGAUCGUGGCGAAGGUGCCGAUGGGGAAGGGGAGAGGGGGUGCGGGUGGUGGGAGAGGAGGCGGAAGAGGAGGCGGAAGAGGAGGCGGAAGAGGAGGCGGAAGAGGAGGCGGAAGGGGAGGUAGGGGAGGUAGGGGAGGACGGAGAGGUGGACGUGGGAGAGGACAGGAGAGUUGAAACUCCUAUGGGCUAUUCAGGGGUCACAUUUUCGUCACAUAGAGCUCUUAUUCCUAAGAGGAUUAGUGCUUAAAUGGGGUUGACUUCUCAUGUUAAUACCAAGCAGUCUGAAUACACAGAAUAGGGGCAACCCAUCAAAACAAAUCCAACAUGCCAUGAGCUCGUCUCCUGCAUUUGAACCGGAUAUUAAACAGGUUCACAAACAACAAUCUGGAUAUCAAAACGCCUCCCAUGCAAUGUACUGCCAAACUAUGACAGUUUAACCACCAGUCCUCUCAACCUAAGCCAGU